GGAGUAUUUUGGCUAAUUCAUUUUGCUGAUAGAACAGGCGGAACCGAUAAAAAUGGCUGCAAUAAUCAGUCAAGCCAUGCCCGAGACGGUAGACGGAGCAGACAUACCUAAAUCUAAACGACCUUCAGACUCGGCGUUCAAACAGCAAAGACUUCCAGCAUGGCAACCAGUGUUAACUGCUGGUACAGUUUUACCAGCCUUCUUUUUGAUAGGUAUACUAUUUAUCCCUAUCGGCGCGCUUUUGUUAUAUUCAUCAAACUCGAUUAACGAAUUUAUGUAUGAUUACACACACUGCAAGCCGGACAGUGGUAACCAAACGUGUGCGGAAAUUAUCAGCGGCAGUCCGGGGUCAAGUUGCGUAUGCACUAUUCAUUUCGAGCUGGAAAAAGAUUUUCUUGGCAAGGUGUACAUGUACUAUGGGCUUACAAAUUAUUACCAAAAUCAUCGUCGUUAUGUAAAGUCUCGUGAUGAUGAUCAAUUGCUUGGACGGCUUUCGUUGGUACCGUCGAGUGAUUGCGCUCCUUUCGCAUACGCAGAUGAUGAUGAUCGGAUUCCGAUAGCUCCUUGUGGGGCUAUUGCAAACUCGUUGUUCAGCGACAAAUUUGAAUUAUACUCGAUGACGCAAGGAACACAAGUUCCAUUGCUUCAAACGGAAAUUGCAUGGCCAUCUGAUCGUCAGAUUAAGUUCCGCAAUCCAGAAGGUGAUCUGAAAGAGGCUCUGCGUGGUUUCAGUCGGCCAAAGGCGUGGACUCGUGAAUUGUGGGAACUUGAUGAAACAAAUAAGGAUAAUAAUGGAUUCCAGAACGAGGACCUCAUUGUAUGGAUGCGCACGGCAGCCUUGCCCACUUUCCGGAAGCUGCACCGGCGCAUUGAUCAUUCCCAGGCGCAAUUCCAGGAAGGGCUGCUCAAGGGCAACUAUUCUCUGACUGUAAUGUACUCCUAUUCCGUGAUUGAGUUCGAAGGAACCAAGAAGUUUAUCCUAUCAACCACUUCGCUUUUGGGAGGAAAAAAUCCAUUCCUUGGUUUUGCGUAUAUAGUGGUAGGAAGUGUUUGCUUGCUUCUAGGUUGUGUUUUACUUAUUAUUCAUAUAAAGUGCAGCAAAACCAACGGUGGCAUCAGCAGCGUUCAUCAGCGGUCUUCAUCGCGUCCGUAGGAGUUAAUGUGUUUGAACAGCAAAUUGAAUAAUCAUUUGCAAUCAAUAUUUAAUUUGAUUAUAUUGAUAUAUGGGUGAAUUUUACAAUGUUUGACUUUGUAUCGAUGCUCUUUUCGGGCUUUAUACUGUAUUGGAAACUUGGAAUAUAAAUUUAGAUAUGGUCUGUAUAAUUAUAAUCGCAGACUUGGUAUCCUUAACCAUUGUAGAAGAAUUGGUAAUUUUUUCUCAGUUAAAAUAUGUUUGCGAGAAAGUUUAUGAAAUUGGUUAAUCGAAAGUUUUAAUCGUUUAUCUAUGGAUGUUAACCUAUGUAUUUGAAAUUUGCAUAGCAUAUUCCAAACGCAUGGCGAUUAUUGGCUUAUGGUCUUAUUAUGGUAGAAAGAUAAAAUGAUGGUGCAUGGGGAGAGAAUAAAUUUUAUGCAAUUAGUUCUAGCAUCAUCGUAAGGCGCGGAGCUUCAUUUACCUUGGUGUGCUAUUAACUCGGUUCCUAAAAGAUUGAGCCAUAUUCAGUAUCUAUUAAAAUAUUACUUUACAUUGUAUUUGGUUGCGAAUUACAUAAAAAGGCUACAGUCAAUUUAUCAUAGUAAUAAUCACUUGUACCGAAGUAUGCUAUGUAUCUGUAGUAGUACAACUAAGCUAUGAGAAAAUAACUUAAUAAGUGUCCUUAUGGCAAGCAAUUGAAAAGUGUGAUUAGAUCCAAGUAAUGAUGUAAUGAAUGAUUUAUAUUAUGUUGAAUAACUAUGAAGUAGGUGUUUAAAUAUAUUAUGCAUAAUAAAUCCAAAUCACAUCAGGAUAUGCUAAUUUCAAAUAAAUGAGAAACCUCGUGAUUUGUACCGGGGUUGAA